AUGGGUGGUCGUCUAAUUGUCACAACUAUCCUCACCUUCAGCUUGUUCACCAUCAUUAUCCUUCCCUCCGAGGGCAAGGGAGAAGGCAAAGGGAACAGCUUACAUGUUGGAUUUUACGCUUUGAGUUGCCCCAAGGUUGAGGACAUUGUUGCCGAGGGUUGUGAUGCCUCGAUCCUAUUGGACGCGACACCAUAUGGUGAGCCUAUAGAGAAAACAUCACCAGCCAAUAGUGAAACACAAAGAAGCCUUGAUGUUAUUGAUGAGAUCAAGGCCCAGGUAGAGCAGGAGUACCCCCAAACUGUUUCCUGCACUGACAUAUUAGCAUUUGCUGCUCGAGAAGCCGUUUACCUAGCCGGCCUACCCCGUCACAAUGUCCCAACCGGUCGCCGUGACAGUAGGACUUCACGUGCUUCUGAUGUCAAUUUCAACCUCCCUACACCUGUAACACCUCUGAAAGACAUUACAGACAUGUUCGGCAGGAGAAAUCCCACACUAGAAGAUAUGGUUGUCUCGUCCGGUGCACACUCCAUUGGCAAAGCACAAUGCACCCAAUUGAAGACAAACUAUACAAAUAUAGCAAAGCUCAGCCCCGAGACCCUUCCCUGGACCCAACCUAUGCUGAUGAGCUAG